AUGACCAGGACCGACAGAGAAAUAUGCCUUACUCCCACACAAGGACUUGCAAAUCAUCAUAAAUUCUACCCUGCUAAGAUUCCAGUCUCACACCAUCAAUUAAGGCACCAUAUCAGCACGCAAGAGGGAGAGUUUAUAUACUACGUCUCUCACUACGACAUCUGCGUUCUUGACCUUCAAACCCAGCAGAACUCGCUUCUAGCCACCAUUCCCUUUGAAGCAAGAUGUCUAGCGGCUGAUCUCGGAUGGGUGGGGGUCGGUGGAGAAGUCAAUGGAGAUUGUGCUUUUGUCAAGAUCGAGAAGGAUGAACAUGGGCAUCCUAAAUGCUUCGGCCACGAUCUCGUGGUGGAUUUACUGGGUGGGGAAAUCGUGAAUUCCAUGAACAUACAUAACAUGAUGGGCGAAGGUCAGGCUCCAGACGAACCCGUUGUGCUGAUCUCCAACAACGACAAGACUGUCAAGGUCUACUCCUUAGCCCAACGUCAGGUUCUCAACACGUUGGUGCACCCAGUCCCGAUGAACUUUUCUGCCAUGUCACCGGAUUCCACCAUACUUGCAGCUGUGGGAGAUUCUGACAAAGUCUAUUUCUAUCGCCGCAAAGUGGAUGAGACUUCUGAUCCGAACAACGAACUGCCAGGAAAAUUCCUCAAGUAUGAUUGGAUCCCUUUCGCCCGUCCAACUGUUCCGACAGGAGAUCCUGUUUUCGACGACUAUAGUUUUGCCGUUACAUUCUCUCCCACUGGGCAUUUAUGUGCCGCUUCAGCACAAGGCGGGUCGAUAUCGGUUUUCGAUAUGAAUCAACUGGAUCGACAUCCUGAGUCCUCCAUAAUAUGCACGUUCCGCUCGUCGAGACCUACGCUGCUUGGAUGUGUCAGGGCUAUGGCAUUCUCACCCGCUCCGUGGGAUAUAUUGGCAUGGGCUGAAGACCACGGUAGGGUAGGGCUGGCUGAUGUCAGAAGACAUUUCAUAAGGCGACAAAUAUUGGAGCUUGAUCGUCGGAAAGCUCAGAUUAUAGAGCUAGAAGACGGCACCCCUGUCGCCUACCGUAACCUCGGUGUCAAAGAAAGAUUGAAACAGCAACAUGUUGCAAGACUCCGGGCCUUAAGGCGACGAUCGAGUAGAGAUCAAGACCUAGACAUUAGCAUGGAAGACACUCCCACCGAAACUGGCAGACAGCGUCAUUCUAGACAGGAUCUACUCUCAUAUCAUCAGGGGUUAGAUCUUGAUGCCCGUGAAAGGUCGGUCGUUGAAGCGCUCGAGACCACGAUGGAUAACGUCGAGCAGAGUAGCCCUCGCCCCUUCAGCAUUAACUACACUUCGUCGCCACGCUUGCGAUCGUCACUGCUAGCAUCGGAGCCUGGAAGGGAAUACGGCAUGCAAUUGCCAGACUCUAACACAAGGCCAACAAGGGCAGGCCAUCAUCAGCCUCGGAGAAGAUCUUCAGUAAUUUUGUCAGAGUCAACUGCGGCCGCGGAUCUUUAUCUCAGUCCCCCUGACGGACAAAGGGCCAGAAUCUCGGCCUCGCCAGGACGAAUUAGUGAUGAUGAGGACAUCCCAAUCAUGUCAACUAAUGACCUGACACCAUCUGCCUCCAGAUCUAACAAUCAACUAAGGCCAUCUCGUAUACCACCUUCGGAUCCGUGGCACGUGAUACAAGCCGCUCUGGAAUCCGCAAGAGAGUCCGAUGAAGGCAAUAGAGCUCAGCUAGCACGCAUAGAGGCAGCCUUGGAUGAUGAACGCCAGUUGGCCCAUCAACUGGAACGUCAACUAAGCGAGGAGAGGCAACUUGCCACACUUCUUCGCGAACAGCUUGACUCCCAACAACGCCUCCUCGCUGAAAAUUCAUCUGAGCUAGAUCAACUGCGAGCAGCCGCAGGAGAUGCGAAUUCUCGAGUCAAUGCUUCAUUCGAGAGGGUUCUACACCGUCAGCUUGCUAAUGAAGAACUCUUUCUUCAACAGAGAUCACAGGAGCUCCAAGCAGAGCGGAGACUCGGGACUGAUCUUGCACGUCGACUUGAAACAGAAAGAGCUAGGAUUCUGACCGGGGAACCACCGCAAGCGGAAAGCUCGAGGGCAAGUAGUCAAGCAGACGAUCAUGCCAGUUCCGCCCAGACUUCAGCACUACCGACCACAAAUGUGCGAUCUUCACAGUCUCGUGAGAACCCCGCAAACAUUCUCGAAAACUAUUCUGAAACUCGGACUCAAAGACGAGCACACGUUGAUAACCUGCAACGUCAAGUCCGCCAGGCGGAGACCCGUAUUGCACAGGCCACGUCUGACAUUCAGACUCUCGAAACUAUCGUACGCCGCGAAACUGCUGUCGAUGAUGCAGUGGGGUCAAGGCCUCGCAGGCGCUACUUCGAUGAAAGUCAAUCUAGCAGGCCGGUGAGCGGUGCGGGCAACCCUUCGACCAGAGGAGUGGGAACGACACCGCGUUCAGCAACACGACGGCGCCCUUCAAUAUCCAUGGACGAUGUUCGUGCCUCGAGGGAUGCUCGUGCAGCUCUGGUUGGGCGGGUUAACGAUCUCACCGCCUCCACUGCAAAUACCGCUCGUAUUGUCCAAGAUGCAGAUCUGCGAUUGGCGCGGAUGAUGUUCAUCUCGAGCAAUUCUGGUAAUCGUGGACUCGAUGCCAAUGGCAACUGGUUACCAGGUUCCUCCGUCCAUCGGCUACUUGCUGGUGGCUCAGCAUUGUCUACAGGCAAUGUAGGGCCUGGUAGUACAAGUGGAAACACAGCCUCCAGCACGGUCGAUGUAGUUAGAGAGAUGGGACUCGGGACUGCAGGCAUCGGCUUCAGUCCUGACGGUCGAUAUCUGUAA